CUUCUUCUUCUUUUCAUCCCGUCUAAUUCAUGAGAGUUGUGUUCAAAUCCUGCAAGGAUCGUCCGUGCUUAUCGAUCUCGAAAUUCAAGCGCCGAUAGCCCGGUUUUCGCAGCGUCUUCUCGGGCGUCCACAGCCUUGUUUGCGACAGCGGUGGCAAAGACAUGGGUAGGAACAAUUUUGUUCGGUUUUGAACGUACAAGAAUUUGGGUGACGGACAAGGAUGACGACCAAGAUGAAGGGCCUCCUCAAGGGUCUCAGAUACAUUUCGCAGAUAUUCGAUGAUGAUGAGAAGGAACCGGAAAUGAACAUCGGUUAUCCCACCGAUGUGAAGCAUGUUGCUCACAUUGGUUGGGAUGGUCCCUCCGAGAAAAAUUCACCAAGCUGGAUGACUGAUUUCAAACCGUCGUCACCGAGACAAUCCUCGUCCGCCCCUUUGGGCGUCGGAAAUGACGAGAAGGAUGGCUCUUCCUUUAAUGGAGUUUACGAAGAAUCAAGCAGAGGAAUUGUGGGGACACAGAGUUACAAAAGCUCUCCAGCGCCCGAAUUGCCAGAAAUACCGAAAUCGUCCAGAAGCCAUAACCCUUCAUUAUCAUCAGGAGACGCUGAAUCGCCAACCAAGGCCAAGUCGGACAAACACCGGCCACCGAGAAGAUCUUCUAAGGGCUCUCACAAUGAACGGGAGGUAUCAGACUCUAGCAAGCCCACCCAACAGUCCAUGGAUUCUGCCGCCGACGCCGUCCCAUCGCAACUCUCCGAUCUGCCCAAGAAAUCGAGGAAGAAGAAGCCCAAGGACUCUGGUGCAUCCACAAGAUCAUCAUCGAGGUCAUCAAAACCACAAGUCAAGGACUCGUGCUCUUCUCCCGCCCGUGAAAAUGAGUCCUUGUCCACAGGAAGAAACAAACGAGAAGGUUCUCAGAGAUCAAAUGCAGUUGAUGAGGCGGAUGGGAUUGGACAUGGUCUAGUAUCUUGAUCCUUUCCUAGCUUUUUUCACCUUAUUUGUAGUACCAGUUGUAUUCGCUAUACUAGGGAACCUACUGAUCAGUUUAAGACUCGAGACCAACCUAAAGUGCCAUUUUUCUAGUGGAGUUUCGAACGCUUAUAUUUUGCAACAACCUAAUACAGAUGGGAACAGUAG